UCCGGGGAGCAGCAGCGAGGUUUAUGUAUGUCUUGCUCACGUCAGAGAUGGAAGCGGUGAGUGGGCGCGCGGCGGCCGCUGGAGAGGCCGCGGUCUGGAUGGACCGAGCUGUCAGCAUGGCUAAAGAAGCACUGGACAACGGUGAAGUGCCUGUUGGUUGCCUAAUUGUCUACAAUAAUUCGGUCAUAGGGAAGGGAAAGAAUGAAGUAAAUGAAACUAAAAAUGCCACCCGCCAUGCAGAAAUGGUGGCAAUUGAUCAGGCCCUAGACUGGUGUCGUCAGCAGAAGAAGGAACCGGAGGAAGUAUUUUUGCACACAGUCUUGUAUGUUACUGUAGAACCUUGUAUCAUGUGUGCAGCUGCUCUGCGCAUGAUGAAAAUCCCACUGGUUGUAUAUGGCUGCCAAAAUGAACGAUUUGGAGGCUGUGGUUCUGUUUUGAACAUCUCUUCUGCUACCUUAACGAACACAGGGGAGCCAUUUCAGUGCAUAGCUGGUUAUCGAUCUGAAGAAGCUGUGGAAAUGCUGAAAACCUUCUACAGGCAAGAAAAUCCAAAUGCACCAAAAUCAAAAGUUCGAAAAAAGGAAUGCAGUAAAUGAUCAGUUGUGGUGGACAAUAAACCAAAGCUGGAAGAAUACAUGUGAGCAGUGGUGACCUGCUCUGAAAGACCACUAAAAGAUGGAGAGAAGUGUAUUUAUUUCUUCAUUGGAUGUCAUAAUGUGCAUUUGAAAAACUGUCAAAUUGUCAAACAUGGGCUUUGGUGAAAAUAAGCUGGUUUUCAUUUAUGAGGGAUAAAAAGAGAAACUAAAAAGGAGGGAGUGUCCUUUCACUAAUCACAGUUUAGCCUGAACCCUUUUUAGGCAUUCUGAUUUUGAACUUUAUCAGAGGGAACAUCCAUUAUCAGCAAGUUUUGGUUUGGCUUGCCUGUUUUCUGAAUUCUGACCACUGGUAUUGUGUACAAGUACCGCCAUAUUUAAUCCCAUUCAAAGAGUUCUGUGUACGUUCAAAAUAUCUAACUAGCAUUUUUCUUGGCAUUAGAGGAUUCAUCAUGCUCUACGCGCUCCAUCAGCUAGAACAGGACUGCCGCUUUCACAUUUUAGAUUGACAUCUGGAGUUGGGCUGAACAAUGGCCACCACUGUAUAAGAGGACUUGUGUGUACUACCUUAUACCUGUGCUCAGACAAUUUAUCCUUUUAGACCAGAAUUAUCUGUUCUUUGGCAACAGUACACAUAAGCCCUUGGCACAUCAGAGCGCAUGUUUUGAAUUUUUCUGUUGUCUUGCUUCUGGAAUCCACCAAAUCUAGAAAGAAUCCUUGUCAGCAAAGGGUUUCCCCCUUCUCAGUUCAGACCAAGAAAGCUGAACUAGGUUUACCUGAUGUCCAGUUUGACAAAUCAUGGCUUGUGAUGAUGGAUGUGCUGACUUAUGUCACUCUUCUUUUUAGGUUAAUUUGUUGCAGAAGUAUGUUACUGCUUUAUUUAUUUUUUUAAUAUAGGCUUAGGAGAGAAAACUAACCAGAAAAUUGGCACAAUCAAUAUUUAUUGAAUGAUUACUGUAUUCAGCAUGGAUUGUAUCCAUAGCUAAGACUAUGUAGAGUAGAUUUUCAGUGGUUCUUAGGUUAGUUAAGUGCAGUAAGUCCUACUCAUUUCAAUAGAUCUCUAAGUUAAGAGUUAGCUCUAGCAGUCAUUCUUAAACUUUUUUUUCUGGCAGCCCUUUUAGGAGUUCUCAGGUUUUAGGGACCCCUGUCAAACAAGGAUGCAACACAAACAGAUGUAUUUAAAAAACAGACUAGAAAAGUGUUCAGUCUGGCUCCUUUUAAAUGUGCGAGGGUCCCCCAGAGGGGCCAUAUCACCACCAUUGAGAAUGGCUUCUCUGUAAUUCCGGUGGGCCAUAAGUGUACUUUACUUCUGUUCAUUCAUAAUAUCUUUGCACAAGUAAAUGUCCCACGUGCCUGAAUAUAUAUGUCACUGAAAUAUUUUGAAAAUAUAUUCAAAUGGUUGCUACUUGUUGCUCUGUACUCAGUACAGCCAUUUAGGGACUAACAGUGUCACAACCCAAUUAUGAUUGUAAGCAAUUUUUUAAACUUGAAUACAAAUGAUAAUCAUGUAGGAGCUUGGUAAGAAGGAGAGAUGAUGUUAAGAGCAGACACUUCGAUUCUUUUGUGGAUUAUUCCUUGAAUGUAUUAUAAUUGCAAUCCAGAAGGGGGCCGUGGUGUUCCACUAAUAAGUCACCCUGACAGAUGGAAACUGAACUCUUCCUCCUUCCAAAUUUGCAUGCUGAGCCACUAAGCAGGCUGAGAAGCGAUCGAGCGAUGCCCGGUGGAUUUUUACAUUGUGAGCAAGUUAUUUCAGCAGUUUGGCUAGAAAAAUCCGAACUAGAGUUGCAUCAGUAGUUUGUUCUUCAACGAUGUAGACAAACAUACCCAUAGAACUGUUAGUUUUCCUUAUUGUUCAAGAAUAAAAAUGAAUGUUUUUAACAUUU